GUGGAAGUGGAGGUGUCUCUGGGCAGCUGUAAGGUCUCCCCGUGACUGAGAGCACUGGAGCCCCAAGCCAGGCUUUGAAAUUCGGGAUAAGACCAGGUCCUGCCAGCAGCCUCAGCACUGCCAGCCGAGCAGAAGACACCAUGCCACCUGCGCUGGGCGUCGCUCUCUUGUACGCCCUGCUGACCCCGUCACUGAGCCAGCCCAAAGAUGCCGUCCUCAGGCUCAAUAAGGGGGUUUUAAGUGAUGCUCUUACAGGCUCACUCAUGCAAAGCAACAUCCUCCAAGGUGCCCUCGGAGAAGUGCCGCUAAGAGGCAGACGUCCCAGCACAGAUGGAAGUGGAGACCUGUUGGGUGGCCUCGGAGGAGGUCUCCUCGGUGGUGGUGGCCUGCUUGGUGGCCUUACUGGUGGUUUGCUGGGUGGCAGAGGGGGGCUGACUGGUGGUCUGCUUGGUGGAGGGGCAGAUGCUGAUGAUGGCUUGCUGAGUGGAGAGAGUGGUGGACAGGCUUAUUGGGAGGGCCCCAGAAACCCCCCCAGAGGCUGGCCGGUGGCUCGUGGUGAUGUCCCCAGGGAUGACAUCCCUGUGGGUGUUGCUGGAGGAGCGCUGGGACAAGGAGGUCUGCUCGGCGAUGGAGGUCUCCUUGGCACGGCAGGGAUCCUUGGUGGCUCUGGUGGCCUUCUUGGCAAAGGAGGGCUUCUGGGCUAUGGAGGACUGCUGGGAGGCGGCGGCGUGCUCGGCAUCCUUGGGGAAGGCGGCUUGGUCAGCACAAUCCAGGGGCUCACUGGGCUGAGGAUUGUGGAGCUGACACUUCCCAGGGUGUCCCUGCGGCUCCUGCCUGGUGUUGGUGUCCACCUCAACCUCUACACCCGCGUGGCCCUCAAUGCCAAAUGUCUCCUGGGUUUGCUUGACAUCGCAGUGGAAGUGAACAUCACCUCAAGGGUCAGGCUAACCAUGGAUGGCACGGGCUACCCCAAACUUGUGGCGGAAAGAUGUGAUACCCUUCUUGGUGGCAUUAAAGUCAGACUCCUGAGAGGCCUGCUCCCAAUUGUGGAUAAUUUACUGGCAAGCGUCCUGAACAGACUCCUUCCUAAUCUGCUCUGCCCAGUCCUCGAUGUCACCCUGGGACUUGUCAAUGACCAGCUGGGUCUUGUCAACUCACUGGUGCCCCUGGGUUUGCUGGGCAGUAUCCAGUACACCGUGUCCAGCCUUCCCCUGGUAACCGGUCAGUUCCUCGAGGUGGACUUGAAUACCAUCGUCGGGCCGCUGGCAGGAGGCCUGGUGGACUAUCCGCUGGGAAAGCCGGCCACCGUCCCCACCCCACCGCGGGUGCCCAUGCCGCCCCUGCCUCCGAUGCCCGACACCAGCUCCUCCCAGCUGGGCCUCUCUGUGAACUUCUUGGGCUCGGUGCUGUCUGUCCUGCAGCAGGAAGGGGCCCUGGACCUGGCCAUCUUCACCGGCAUGUUUCCUGAGCUCCCACCACUGACAACGUCGACCCUUGGAGCCCUGGUUCCUGCGGUUUUCAAGGCAUACCCUGAGCCACAUGAGUUGCUACUGAACAUUGAUGUCCCUGAAGCACCGGUGGUGACUUUAAAGAGGAAUAAAGGUGUGAUCCAGCUCCUGGCUACAGCAGAGGUGAUGGUGAUCCACCCAGACGAUGUCCUGAAGUCUCUCUGCCGUCUGAAUAUUAAUGCCUCCUUGCUGGCCCAGUUUUCAGUCGAGGACAACAAACUGAAGAUCGGCGUCAGUCUGGAGAAGAAUCGCCUCUCCUUGGUGUCUUCAUCCAUCGGUGUUUUUGAUGUCUCGCUCCUGGAGGUGCUUGUUGACCAGAUUUUCAAUGUUGUCUUCCUGCCUACAAUGAAUGGUGUGCUGGGAGCGGGGAUUCCCCUCCCCAGGCUGCUGAACAUCGACUUCACCAAUGCAGAUGUUGAUGUCAUCGAAGAUCUCAUCGUGCUGUCAGCAUGAGCUGAAGAUGUCAGGCUGGAAAGGGACCCCUGGUUUUCCACGUGCAGCCCCAGAGGGAUGAGAGCCCAGACUGCCUGAAGGAUCCGCACCACAUUUCUCUUCAUACCUAACACAGCAAAACAGUAGCUUUGGCUUUUCCAUGCCAAUGUUGCAUCCCUCCUACGUUGCUUGGAAUAAAGGAA